CGGGUGUGCCAGGGAGGUCGCCAGUCGAAGAUGGCGGCGCUGUGUGUGUACCGGUUUGCUAGCAGAGGCUGGCUGUGGAACGCUGCCUUGGCUGCACGUAGGGACUUUUGGUCUCGAUCCAGAAAGGAGAAGGAGCCAGUGGUGGCUGAGGCAGUGGAAGAAGUGAAGACAGAACCUGUUUUGGUGUGUCCUCCCUUACGAAGCCGAGUGUAUACACCUCCUGACGAUCUCCAGAGUCGCUUGGAAUCCUGUCUUAAAGAAGUUCUUGAUUCAUCUCUUCCUAGUAAUUGGCAAGAUAUCUCCCUGGAUAAUGGUCAUGUGAAGUUCAGACUCUUGGCACGUUUAGCUGAUGACUUGGGCCAUGCAGUGCCUAACUCCAGGCUUCACCAGAUGUGCAGAGUCGGAGACGUUCUUGACUUCUAUAAUGUUCCAUCAGUUCAAGACAGAUCUAAAUUUGAUGAACUCGUUGCUGGUAAUUUGCCUCCCAAUUUGAAAAUCAGUUGGGGUUACUGAGCAGGUCAGCAGUUACUGCAUUGAGAUGUUGUACUUUCCUCACUGAGGUGGCCGACACUUGUGAAGUGUUUCCCUUCAGAGCUCUUCUCAGACCUCCCUUUACUUUUUUUCCUAUAGAAGAAUACAUCUUUUUCUUCAUGGAGUAUCAACAAAGAAAACAUUUUCACAUUUGCUAAGGCUAUUCCCCCAGCCCCCAAUAAAAUCAAGUUUUGGUAAUUUAUAUAAUGUUCUUAUUCUGAUGUUUAAGAUAGGAGGGCAUCUCAAGUUCAGAUGUUUCUUUGUCCGUUAUAUGGAUAAAGUAGUAGUUGCAAUAAAAUAUUCCAAUCUUAUUAAAGCUCAUAGGUGUGGGAUUAUUAUGGAUAUGCAAAUGAGGAAAUGUGUUAGAUAGUUAACGGAAUGUCUGCUAUACAUAGGACGUUUCACUGUGGUUAGUCCGUGAUUAAAGAUGAAAGAAAGUACACUGUAUUCUGGGUUCACCUCUUGGAUUAAAGCAGAUUCAUUAAAGUCUGUUGUCUUUACUUCUUGAAAUUUA